AUGAUAUUAGCAACAAAUAUGCUAACAAUAUGGGAAUAUGAAGAUUUUCUACUUGAAAAUUAUAAGCAACGUUUAAUUGAAUCGAUUAAGUUAAAUCAUUUAUCAACUGAUAAUGAUAAUUUGAAUUCAACGCUACAAAAUGUUGUAAUUGAAACGAAUGAUAGCAUUGAUGGUCUUAUCAGGUAUCGAUCAAUGAUUAAAGGUGUUAAAGUUUCAAUUCAAAUCACUCUUAUCAAUUCUUCAUGGAUCAAAAAUGAAGCUUCAUUUUAUUAUGGCAAUAAUUAA